UUGUACUUCAUCGAAUUGUCAAAGCUUCAUUUCCUCAUUUUUUCAUCAAAACCAUUUCAUUUCAAUAACUAAAUUCAUUGUGGACUAUGCCAAUAGAAUCACGUACAUGUCGAUUAGAAAAUUGUCCGAGAAAAGAUUUCGGGGUUCAGAAAAGUGCCAAAGAGGAAGAUGAAAUCAAUUCAAAUUAUGAUGCAAAAGAGCUUAGUGAUCUAUUACAUGAAAGAAACGAUAUAAUUAUUAAAAAUUUAUUGUUGUUAAAACGAAAAAGAAAUGUUAUAAUUGAUAAAUUUGAGAAAAUGAAAGCAGACAAUGCUGGUGUUUUUGUAGAGAUUGAGAGACUUAACUAUAAAAUUCAACUGAUAACCAAAAGCUUGGCCCAAAGAGUAAAAGCACGAUCUUUGUAUGACAAAACACUAAAAGAAAUUGAAGCAAGAUAUGCAGAACUAGUGAAGUAUUCUGGAAACUUGUUGAAUGUUGUAGAAAGAGAAAUAUCUGAUUUAGAAGAAAAUUUGGCUUUGAAAGAAACACAAGUGGUAAAAGUUGUCGAGUCCUCUAAAAUGUCAGCAUCGGUAAAAGAAAGAAGAGAUAAACUGGCAGCCUUGAAUUUCAAAUGCCUUGGACUGCCCGUUUGCACUCAGAUUAUUGAUUUAGAAAAGGGCAUCUGUUGCAUAGAAGAAGUACCUGUUAAAGACCGAAUAGCGAGUCCAAAAGAGGAAAGCACCCCCAUUUCAUCGCCAGAUUCAUCAAUUCAGCAAUAUCAGUCGCCACCACAACAGAGUACGGGUUCACCAUCCUCCCCAUCUCUGUCAAAAUCUUCUAAAGGAUCAAAAAGUCCUAGUGAAGAUGUGGAAUGCGAUCGAUUAUCGGGAUCUUGUAAGGAAACGAGUUCUUGUAAGGAUGAAGAGAUUAAACCUCCCUCACACCGAUCGCUAUCCGAUGAUCUAGAGGAGGACGAGGACGAAGAAGAUCUCACUACAAAGGGAUCUUCGGAAUCGGGAUCAGGAACAAAGAAUGCUUUCAGAGUUUCCAAGGAAAGUCUUAAAGAUAAGUAAAAGGUAGAUAUUUUAAUUCAUCAAGACAAUACAAUUAUUUUUGGGUUUUUGCUUUUGGAGUUCAGUUAAAUUUUGUCGUUAACAAAUUGAUAUGUAUGAACAAAUUAAUUUCGAAAUAUUUUAGAAAACAUUGUAAAUACUAACACUGUAAUUUUUUAAUAAAUAUAUUUUUCAUUAUAAAUA